ACAGUUUCUCGCAAAGUUUUGCCAAUAUAUGGGCAACAAGCGUGCUGGGCGCAUACCACACAAAUAAGGUUCAUUGGGAAGUAAAAGGAAACCCAAAGAAGAGGAAGAACGAGAAUAAGGAAAAGGAAAUCAUGAAAUUUCUUACAAGUUUUUGUUUAAUUGUCUCAUUGGCUACAUUGGGUUGGGCGGCCAGUGCAUCCUGGGGACGCAGAAAUUCCUCCGACUAUUUGAUGCUGCGUGAAAAUGUUGUACGCACACCAAUUAGGAAUCGCAAUUGGAGUGUAAAUGUGGAUUUUCCGAAACCGGGCCAAAUUAACCGAAGGACUAUAACAGCCAUUUUUGUUUAUGAUCGCUUCACCAACACAUCCGGAGCCAUGCCAUCUCUUUGGUCUGGUGGACCUAACUUGACUUUUGCCAACGUCAAUUUGAGGAGUCAAACUUCUCGAGGCAUCAAUUCAACUGUGGAAAUUUAUGUAAAAUAAAAAUAAGAGACCAAUAUACAAAAUAUUGAAAAAAAAAAGAAAGUAAAAUAAAAAGCGGCAAUGUAA